AUGGCGGCCUCGUCCCCAGACUCACUCUCCCUGGCCGGCAAAGUCGCCAUUAUCACCGGGUCUGGCAAGGAGAACGGUAUUGGCGCCGGCAUCGCAUCCGCCCUCGCGCGACAAGGUGCCGCCGUCGUGCUCAACUACGUCUCCGAGGCCACGGCCCCUCGGGCUGCUGCCGUGGCAGAGCGCCUCCAAACCGAAUAUGGAGUCAAGGUCGCAGUGGUCAGAGCGGACGUCUCGACGCAGGAUGGAGCCAAGAGCUUGGUAGAGCAGGCCUUGAAGGGCUUGGGCGUUGACAAGCUGGAUAUCUUGGUGAAUAAUGCAGGCGGUGGCCCUCCCGCAGGGGCGCUGCAGGCGAGCAGCGAAGACGUCACCGCAGCGUUUGCGGCCAAUGUCUUUUCGGCCUUGUUCAUGGUCCAGGCUGCGGUGCCUGUGAUGCGUCGUGGUGGCCGGGUCAUCAACAUCGGCUCCAUUGCUUCCAAGAUGGGGAUCGGGCCUAUUGCGCUGUACGGCGCCGCCAAGGCUGCGAACGAUGCUCUGACAUAUUCGCUGGCCAUGGAACUCGGCCGUAGCCAUGGGCUCACGAUCAACACUGUCGCUCCUGGCCCGGUGCCGACGGAUGGAAUUCCACCACCGGUGGCGGAGAUCAUUCAUGCCAAUCUCGUGCCGUUGACCAGAGCCGAGGUUCGCCUGGGCACGGUCGAGGAUAUCGCGGAUGUGGUGUUGUUCCUGGCUUCCGAAAAGAGUCGCUGGCUCACGGGACAGUUCAUCUCAGCCAGUGGGGGCAUUACUGGUAAUUGA